AUGCAAAACGAAGAGGACUGUAAAUGUAUGAGAAUCGGCGGUCAAUUGGAAGCAGUACGCUGGAAUCUCUGGCCUCGUUAUUAUCAGGCCAGCCCAGGCGUUUUAGCACUGGACGACUGGAAUAACGACCCCCACAUAUGGCUUUACUAUGUCGAUAGUUCUGAUGGCAUACUUCCUGACGACGAUGUUUUAAGGUCGACGAAUCCUCGCUACUGGUCUAUACAUAAUGUUCAGCGAUACUUCGUCGGCCAGUUGCACUGCGAACAGGUUCUCUUCACCUACCAGUAUCCAAACAUCCGGAUGCCGUCGCGUCUCGGCAGUUACUUGUGGAAGACAAACACAGCGCUGAAGCUGCCAUCAGCUCUGUACAUAAAAGAGUUGAAUAUGUCGCUGGAUACCACUUUGAAGAAAAUGGUGGAAAAUGAAGCCCAAAUGCAUCGUUUGAUCAUAUGUGACCAACUUGUCAAAAUUGCGCAACUGGACCAUCAUAAGCGACAAACGUUUUUCAGAUUAGUUCAAGACAUUAUGAGCAAAAUGACGACCGACGAGGAGAAAUGCAAAGUGGCAAAGCUGCUUCAAGAUUUAGACGUGCCGGAGUUAAAGAUGCCGGAACGAUGUUCAACCUUGGUUAAAGAGUUUGAAGAGAAAUUUGGACAAGACAUUUACGACGCUACGGAUGAAUCAACGCCUAUCUAUGAGAAUCCGUAUAUUGUCGACAAAGAGCUUUUGGAAGAAAACGAGAGGAAAUUAAAGGCGUUAUUGGCUACACAUAAACGAUCGAAAAAGGUGGUAACGGACAAAGUAAUUGUGACAGGACCAGACCCCAAGCGUCCCUGGCGAACCCAGACCAAUAGGGAGAAGUUAUUGCGAAUCGAUAGCGAUCUGAGACGACACUUGGAAAAAGCCGCUGACGCCAUAACACCAAUGACGGACGCUGAUAUGAAGGAACUAAUGACUCAGUGCCUGGAGAAUUCUGCUAACCAAACAGUGAGGUCGGACCGUCUCCGCGAGACCGUUGACGAGGCAAGGCGGAAUCUACCCAAUUUUCAAUACCGUAAAAUCGAAAAUAGCACAGCAACUUGUAUACUUUUGAACGCCCACGAACCAGUGGAACGGCAGACACCGAAUCAGAACAUGGUACAGCUGAAUUCUUAUAGUGAACUUCAAGCUGAUGAAGAUAGUGUGCCCAAUCUUCAGAACCUUUGCAGUGGAAAGCACGUACCGCGUCAUGUAACUCGACAAUGUUUUCUCCGGAGCUUGGGUGAGAUGCGAAAUCUUCGUGUUCUUGCUUUGGAAUAUGCACAUUUGGCGGAUAGUACAGGGGCCGCCCUUAUAUCUUUGUUACCUGUUAUACGAAGACCGCAUUUUAGGCUACAGUUGAUUUGCCGAGAAAAUCAAACGCCUGGUCGUGCAGAUGCGGCGAUGGGCGUGGGCGGCCAUCACAUCCCCGAUACGGCCUGGCGUCGUGUUAACAUAUCUUGUCCCGAUCUCUACUUACUAAUGGCCUUUUUUCGCGUGCGGGACUAUGACAACAUCCGUCGAUUUCUAACACCGAGCAUCCCACUUCGUGAAACACAUUUGCAGUAUGGGAUAGACAUGUACAAAUCGCAGAGGCAAGAUUCGGAUCUGAGUUGUUUUGUUCGACACAUUGCGGGGCGAUAUGGAAGUACCUUAGUAACGUUAAGUAUUCACCAAUGGCGAGGAGUGACAUUCCCCUUGCGACGAAUAAUUGAGCUCAUGCCAAGUCUGAUGAGGAUCCUGUAUAUUGGAGUCGUGGAUCAAGAGGAUCUUAAGUGUAUGCUGAAUAUGAUCGCGUGUGGAGUGAUGAGAAAAUUGAAGCAAGUUAACAUUCAAGUGCAAGAUGAUGAAAAGAGCCGUAGUAAAUGGGAGACCGCUAUAGCAAAGCUGAAUGAGGAAUUCAAUGACAUUAUUGCGUUAUACGAUAUUGAGUUUUGUCUGACUGUUUAUAAGAACUAA